AAAGGGUCUUCCUUCCAUUACUUCAACUAUAAAAGCGACAAAAAGAACAAUUAAAACAUCAAACAAAUUAACCAAACCUUGUGAAAGGUGAUCAUACGUGGUCCAUAAGAAUGGAGAAACACAUUCAGACCAUGGCUGAUCACUGGAUAAAGCUACUGGUUCUUUCUCUUGUGAUGAUCACUCAAGUAGUCCAUGGAUCCAAGAAUAUUACCAUCACAAUUCUUGAGAGUGCAGUGUCUAAAGGAGCAGUUUGUCUGGAUGGGAGUCCACCAGCUUACUUCUAUGAUAAGGGGUAUGGAGAAGGAGCCGACAACUGGCUAGUUUAUUUAGAGGGUGGCGGAUGGUGUGCCAACACUGAUUUUUGCCACGAGUGGAUAAGCACCAAAUCCACCUUUAGAAGGGAGAAACAAAUGCAGUUCAGACACAUACUUGCCCCCGAGCAAAAUAUUAAUCCAGAUUUUUAUAAUUGGAAUAGAGUUUUCGUUGCAUACUGCGAUGGCUCAUCAUUUAUGGGAGACGUUGAAGAGGCCGCACCCGGCAGCAAUCUGUGUCGUAGAGGCGCCAGGAUUUUUGAUGCUGUGAUGGAAGAUUUGGUAGCUAAGGGAAUGAAAAAUGCAAAAAAUGCUAUACUGGCCGGUGGCUCAGCCGGUGGAAUGGCGACCAUAUAUCACUGUGAUGGCUUCCGAGCACUCAUUCCCGGUGCUACUAGAUAUAAGUGCAUUGCUGAUUCUGGCCUCUUCACUCCUGCAGAUAAAAAAGAGCUCAUCGGGUACGAGAAAAGAGUUCAUCGUUUUGACAAAUUGAUUGCCUUUCAUGGAACUGACAAGUUUUUACCUAAAUCAUGCACGUCCAAAAUGAGCGUAAAUUUGUGUCAUUUUCCAGAAAAUGUGGUUAGAGAUAUUCAGACACCACUCUUCAUCAUCGAGUCGUCUUAUGAUUCUUUCCAGAUAUAUACUGGCUUGGACCCCGGCCUUCCCUACAAUGAGACCACCUGGUCCGACUGCGCCAACGACUUGAACUUUUGCACGUGUCCUCAAUUGCAAAGCAUGAAAGAUUUUCGAGCUGAAUUUCUAAAGACAUUGCAAGCAAUUGCUAAAUCAUCAUCAAUAGGGAUGUUUGUCCACUCUUGCCACAUUCAUGGCCACUUCCUCAAUUUUCAUGGCUGGGAUCCUUCACCUCUAUUGCAAAAUAAAACAAUUGCGAAGGUUAUCGGAGAUUGGUACUUUGAUCGAUGUUUUUUCCAAGUGAUAGAUACUGAGGAUGUCGGCCCAAAGAACUGUUGGAAACAAGUAUAUCAGAAAAAUUGAAAAUCUGAAAACAAAAUGUAUGGAAUAUUUUUCCAUGGAUAAGCGAAAAAACAAUCACAAGUGGAAAAAAAAAAUCAGUAAUAUAACCUUUCACAAUGUUUGUAUUUCGAACGAGUUUAUUAUGUAAAUUCGUUCGUUCUAUAACUAGAAUUGAUCUAUUUUCAUAUAAAUCAAGCAACAUUCGUACCUUUUUUUUUU